CUUGACCUUCUCUGAAAGUUCUGGAGGAGACUCUGAGUCCUUUCUCCUGUACUUCUUCGACUGGGGGAGAUAGCUGAAAGCUAGGGAUCAGAUGACCUGGAAGCUGCAUGGUGGUGGAGGGCAGAGGGCAGCCUAGGCAGGGCUCGCUUGAGGUAAAAGGCCACCCCGGGUGACAUCAGCUGCUGGUCUGUUACAUGGCACACAUGCAGCUGGCCUCAUUGUGGCAUCUGAAGAUGUGCCUGCCCAUGUUGGGGAAAGGGUGUCCUCUGGGGGCCUGGGUUCAAGCCUUGGCUCUGCCCUCUUGCGUGAGACAGUGAACGUCUCUGCUCCUCCAGGCUCCCAUCUCUAAAGUGGGUGCACAUGGAUGUGCCGUGGUGAUACUCAGGAGCAGGACAGCACAGCGCAUGACUGUCCCCAGUGGCUGUCGAUACGUACCACCGGCAUCUUGAAGGAAUGGAGUUUGUCCUCUGCUCAGGGACCAGGGAGCUCAAAGCCAGCAAGGGUACCUCUCUCCCCACAAUGUCCAGUCUGCACUGGUGAGAGGAAGAGACUGUGAGUCCGGCUGCACCUCCUUCAGCGCUCCCUCCCAUCCCUUCCUCCACCCAUAGCCUGGCAUGUGAGGAGCACAUGGCAGAUGGCGGCUGGGUGUGGGGAGAGCCCCCCCCAAAGCAGUGUUUGCCUGGAACUUGUUCCUCUCACAAUUUAUUAUUAGGCCCUGGGCAGAUGGUUCCAGCAUGUCUCUUACCCUUCUGCUCCUGUGUUGCCAAAGGAGAGGGGGCAACAUGGCAUUGGGGUGUUGUGUCCCCUGAUGGGUUAAAGCAAAAUGUGCCCAACCUCAGCCGCAGCUGUGGGUGGACCCCUGUCUUAGAGCAGGAGCCACUGGCACUGAGAGACAAUUCGUCAGGUCCUGACUCAGAGGAGGGGCCACUAGCCCCAGAAGACCUGCGUGGCUGUGAGACCCAUUGUGGCAACGCAGGGUCCAGACUGCUGGGUUCCUGGAGCACAGCCCCCUGGCUCUGGGCAGCCACCACGUCUUUGCUUUCGCCCAGAAGGGGGCGCUGUGGAACAGAGGGCAGGGAGCUUACCCACAGGCGGCUGCGCGGGUCACACUGCCGCGCGCAGCUCCUGCGCCUCGCAGGACCCUUGCUGCCCAGCUCCGGCUCGCACGCGGCGGCCACGGACCUCGGAACGCUCGCCUUUGUGACUGCACAGACGGGCGGCGGUCUCCGGGAGGGGAGUGGGCGACGUUCUCCUACGCGACCACCAGAGACCCCGGCAGGCCAGCCAUGCUCGGGAGACCAGGUGACAGUGUAACUUUGUGACU